UUCAUAAAUAAUAAUAACAAUAUAUAAGCCAGCACAAAACAACAACAUUUUCUUUAUUAUUUUAAUUUUUCCCUCUCUAUAUUUGCUUGAAUUAUAUAUAAAAAGAUUGUACCAACGGUUCUAGCUAGGCUCAAAUUCUUAUCAUAUAUAUGUACAGCUGAUAAAAUCAGAACAGCUCGUAGCAGUAAUUGACAUAUAGUAUAUUGAUAUUAUUUUUAUAGUAUAGUUGUUAAGAUGUAUAGAUUACUCCCUCAAAUAAACAAUCAGAUUUGUGCUUUUCCCAAAUCCCAAUCAGGGUCGUCCCCAACAUCAGAAGAUAACUUUUUAAGCGAGGCAAUUUUCGCUGGGGAUAGCUUCUGGGAUCUUGAAGCUGCAUUUGGACGUGUAGACGGAGUUUUCAAAACUGCUACUGGAUAUUAUGGAGGUACUCUGAAAAAACCUUCACACGCAGAGGUAAUUGAAGGAAGAACUGGCCACACUGAAGCUGUGAAGGUCACAUAUGACAAGAGAAAAAUAUCGUACAAAUCUCUGUGUGACAUUUUUUGGGAAACUCAUGAUUCAACCAACCGAAAUUACCUCAAGUUUGGAUUAAUAGGAAAGCACCACAGAUCUGCCAUAUUUUGCAAAAAUGAGGAAGAGAGAAAGCAGAGUCAGGAAUCAAAGAUUCGAAAGCAAAUGAAGUUGAACAAAAGGAUUGUUACUAAAAUCAUUGGUAUGAAUAAUAAUGAUCAUUGGGAGUUCUUUCUAGCAGAGAAUAGAAAUCAGAAGUAUUAUUUGCAGCAAAGACAUUGGCUUUGCCAGAGUUUGGGCCUAAGAAGCACUGAUCAUUUUGCUCAGUCAACCAUUGCUUGCAAACUCAAUGGAAUCUUAGCUCUAGAAGGAAAAGAAGUCAUAGAUAAAUUGAGAACAUCAUUGAAAACUCAAGAGCUAUCAAAAGAGAGUAAGUCAGCAUGUGAAGAGAUUAUCUUGGAAUUAGCAUCAAAUGAAUAUGAUUUUGAAGAUCCACGAGCCGUACAGAAAGCUACAUGAAAAAGAAAAGACUAAGAACUGAAUGUAGGUGCCAUAUGCAAUUUAGGACAAAUUAUGUAAAACUGCAUCCUUAUAUUGAGGAAUUCAAAACCUUAAAUAUAUUUGAGCCAUUGAAUUUAUGGCAAAAAUGUAUUUUUAUCCUAUCGUAGAUAUAUGUAAGAGUGAUAUAUUUGAUUAAAACUACUAACUGAAUUUUAUAUUUUCAUUGUACCAUGUAAUAUUAAAAUGAUAAAUUAAACUAGUAAAGUAAAAAAGAGUAUUUUUUAGCAG